AUGACCAGAGAACUGAUGAAUAAACAUAAAAGAAUUUUCUUUCAUAAAAGUGUUUUAUUAGUGUGCUUAAUACUGAUAAUACCUUUUAACCUAAAUACACCAACCCAGGAAAUGUUUCUACAAUAUGAAUAUUCUUUUUCUAAUAUUCGAGAUAACUAUACAAGAAUAGAAGUGGUAAGAGGGUCUGAGUCUGUGAGAAAAAUGAGAGAGGCUCUCCAGAUGUCAAUAUUUACUUAUUUUAUUGCACAAAAGAGACUUUCUGAUAUUCGUGUUUCAGGAUUCGGUCUUGAUUCUAAUGAAUAUCUAUUUGCUGAGGAAUAUUAUAGGCGUGCAUUGAACAAUUUGAAAAUUGCUAAAGAUAAUUGGGAAAACAGUAUUAAAACUUCUCCAAUUUUUUCAUGCAGUAACGAGCAUAUUGGUGGCAAUGGAUCUAGGGGAAUUAAUUACGAUUUAAAUUCUUUAUUUUUAUUACCAAGAGGGUAUUCUGGAGACAGAGGAGUUGACUUUCAAAUGGAUAUAUAUGAAGAUGUUGAUCCUUCUUAUUUACCGCCUCCACCCCAGAAAAAGCUUAAUAAAGAUAUUAUCAACAACUUAAACUUAGGUUUUAAAUUCGAAAACCUUCCAGCAAAGUUAAGUAAAUCUAUUAAUGAUAGAGAGAAUAGCAAGAAACAAAAUAGGUUUGGAAAUAGAGGUAGUCAAAUCAAAAAUAUUCCCAAAUCUAUUCCAACCUUAAAAAAUUUUAGCUUCAAUACUAAUAAAUACAGCGACGAUUUUUAUAGUAUAGACAAGAUUAUGGGUAAUCCUGAACAUGAUUAUUCUUCAGGCAAAACUGAUGAGCUUCUUAAUGACAUUUCCCCCAGCAUUAAGUUUGGUAAUUUUGAUUUUCAGAAUUCUAAAGACUUGUUAAAUUCUAAAGACCCAUUAAAUUCCAAAGAAUUGUUAAAUUUGAAAUUAGAGAAAAAGCCAAAUUUACUAAAUAAAAGUUUAAAAACUAAUGAUACACUUAAAAAACCAAAUAAGAAUGAAAAAUCUAAAAUCGAAAGGUCAAGAGGGGUUCUUGAAAGAGAGCCAGAAAUUCCAACUGAUAUAGCUGUACAGAUUGAAAAGAAACUAGGAGGGCCUUUGAAAUUUAUUGAUGUAUCUCUUAAAGAUCUCUCUAAAAACAAAAAUUGUAAGAACCUAUUCAUGCAAUACAUUCGAGUAACUCUCACAUGUAUCCAGCUAUAUGAAUCCAAAUCUUCUUUUGAAGAACUUUUUCAGUGUUCAAAAAAACAAAUAGAUUUAAAUUUUAGGUUAUUACAAAAAUUGAAAAAGUUAAAUAUUAAUUACACUUUCCAUAAUAAUGACGUUUCAUAUAUAAAGAACAAAUAUAAAAUUAAGAGUAUUAAGAAGCCAGCGAAUUUUAGAAAAGUUAAGGAAAAUGAGGAAUUUUUCAAUCUUUUAGUAAGCAAUGGAAUUUUUAAUUCGAAUAAUUCCUCCAAUACUACAGAUAUAUCGACUAAAAAUAUGUUAGUUGAUGAUCAAUUAAAAAAUUUCGAUGAUAAACUAAACUUUGAAAUAGUUUCAGAAUCUUUCCAUGAACCCAAGUGCGUGCCUAGCUACUUGGAAAGUUAUAUGAAAAGAUAUGGAUUUACUAAAAAUGAAUAUUUUACUAAUCCGACACUUUCAAAAGCUGUGAAUUAUCUUGCAGCUUUGGAAGCCGAAUUUAUUCACCUUACUGAAAAUAAUCAGAGAGUUGAACACGACAAAUUGUAUACUUAUAAAAUGCUGACUGACUUAAUUCCUCGCGAGAUUAUUAAUCAGCGAGCUCAAAAACCCUUAUGUGACAAAGAGGAAAAAAACUGA